AUCCACUUCCACUAGAUAAAGCGGCAAUGUGAGAGAGCACCACUACUUUUUUGUAGGGGGAGUCAACGCAGUACCAAGUAGGAUAUCACACAAGCAUCGAUGGCGGAGGCUGCAGUUACCUUCCUCCUGGAAAGCGUGGCCCAGCUGGUGAAGCACCGGUACAAUCUCAUCCGCGGUGCUGAAGAUGAGCUGAAGCUGUUGAAGAAUGAUCUGGAGUCGCUCAAGGCCUUCCUCCGCGACGCCGCCAGGAUGCCAAACAAGCCGGAAGGAUUCCUAAAUAUAGAGAGCCAGAUCCGAGAUGUCGUUUAUGACGCCGAAGACACCAUCGACUCUUGUAUGGUCCACGCUGCAGCAGCAGCAGCAAGCAACGCCAAGAAACCUCUUCUAGGAAGAUUCAGCCGCCAUGUCAGUUCAAAGCGUGCCAGCCUAGCCGAAGAUGUCAAGUCUCUUCGACAGAAAAGGGUUAUUCCGAUGGUAGCCACGGCCCGGACGUUCGCGGACACCGCAAUGAUCAAGAGCCUUGGAGCAACUAAGGAGGAAUCUCCUCCCACACUCACAAAGAUCCCGGUAAUAAGGGAAGCGAACGUUGUAGGUUUUGAUGAUAAGGAAGCAAUGAUCAUCAGCUAUCUGCUAGAACCAAAGAAGGAACUGGAUGUUAUCUCCAUCACUGGUAUGCCUGGGUUAGGGAAGACAACAUUGGCAUGGAAGGUAUUCAAGAAUGAAAACAUCAUCAAACGUGAAUUCCCCAAUCGUAUUUGGAUAUACGUUACUCAAACACCAAAUAUCAGGGACGUGUUUCUCAACAUUCUUAAGGAAUUCACCAGCGAAGACAUGUCCCAUCUAAGAGAUCCUGCAUUGAUUGAGGCAGUUCAAGAUUUUCUCAAAGAGAGAAAAUUCUUAUUAGUCUUGGAUGAUGUCUGGACUACGGAGGUUUGGGAUGAUAUUAGUGUAGUCUUGUCAAAGAGAAAUAACAUGAGUAAAGUCCUCAUCACCAGCCGUGAGAAGAGUGUUGGAGUGAAAGCUAGUCAACCAAGGGAACCAUACAAGCUGCCCUUCCUAAGUGAAGCUCAAAGUUGGGAACUUCUUCAGUAUGAAGUAUAUGGGGAGCUUGACGAGUGGCCCGAUGAACUAAAAAUUGUUGGGGAAUGUAUAGCCGAUAGAUGUGAUGGAUUGCCACUUUCAAUAGUGGUGAUAGGAGGAAUUCUUAGGGAUCAACGUACAAAAGAUAAGGAAAUAAGUGUGAUUAAAGAAGCAUGGAAAAAUGUGGCCAAAGAUGUGAGUUCAUUCUUGAAAAGAGACCUCAAGAAGGUAUCAGAUAUUGUCGAAUUAAGUUACAAUAGAUUGCCUGAUGAAUUGAGAAAUUGCUUCUUAUAUUUGGCUGUGUUCCCCGAAGAUUACGAGAUCUCUGCCUGGACAUUGACCCGCUUAUGGAUUGCAGAAGGAUUCAUACAAGGAAAAGAUUUGGAGAAAACUGCCGAGGAGAAUCUGAAAGAUCUUAUCAGCAGGAAUUUAGUGAUGGUCAGUCAAAGAAAUCCCAGUGGUGAGGUUAAGACAUGUCGUGUUCAUGAUGUGAUACGCGCAUUCUGCAGUUUAAAAGCUUCUCUCAAGCAACAGAACUUGUUUCAAGAGAUGACAUUUUCGAAUGGAGCUUUUGAACCUUCCAUAUCUGAAAUAGAUCGAUACCGCCGUCUUUGUAUCCACUCCGAUCUUGAUCACUUCAUCAAUCAAGUUGAGAAAGCUGAAAAAAGGAAGGUCGCUCGCAUUCGUUCUCUCUUAUGUUUAUAUAAAGCACCUGCCAAAUUGCCUUUAGAAUAUGCACCAAAUAUGGUUCAAGCGUUUGAGUUGCUCAGAGUUAUGGAAUCAAAGUCAAUCAAAUUGGACCAAAUUCCUGUGGAUGUUCACAGACUAUACCUUUUGAGGUACAUUACACUGUCUGUUGAUACUCUACAUACACUUUCUGAAGGCUUCUCCAAUCUAUGGAACCUUCAAACGCUUGUUGUCUACACAAAGUCAGAUUUCCUUCAAAUGAAAGCAAAUAUAUGGAAGAUGGUACAACUGAGGCAUUUCAAGACAAAAGCUGUCAUUAAACUCACCACACUAAGUCACAAAGAGGAUGGAGAAGGCUGUAAAGAUCUUCAAACUCUGGGCAGAAUAUCACCAGAAAAUUGCACCAAAGAUGUCUUCAGCAAGGCCCCUCACCUAAAGAUGUUGAGCAUUCAAGGAGACUUAGCUAGUGUUUUUAAUAACAAUUCCUUGGAAAUGCUUAAUCAACUCGAAAAGUUGAAAUUGGUGAAUACAUCUCAAGAUUCAGAAACCAAGGGGUCAAUGCUCUUUCCCGAGUUAAGAGGUUGGUUCCCUCCAAAACUCAAGAUGCUGACUAUCACCGCUACAUACUUGGAUUGGGAGAAAAUGUCUACAUUGAUGAAGAUAGAAACUCUUGAGGUCCUCAAAUUGAAAAAAAAUGCAUUCACUGGAAUAUCCUGGAAGGCUGAUGGUAGAGGCUUUCGUGAUCUCCAUUUCUUGCUUAUUGAAGAAAUAGAUUUAUUCUACUGGGAGGCCUCAAAGGACAGCUUUCCCAGUCUUAGGUGUCUGGUGCUUAAAAAGUGCAUGGAACUUAAAGAAAUUCCAAAGGGUGUGGUAGAAAAACUUGAGAAAUUGGACAUACAGCAUCUCAGAAAAUCUGCAGUUGAGUCUGCCCGGAAAAUAGAGGAAGAGAAAAAAACAAAUCAAGGGCAACAGAGAGCUGCUGCCAGAUUCAAGCUCACUAUUGGUAGUGGAUGUGAGUGAUACUGUAUUAGUGGCUUCAUGUUUAGCGCAGGGAACAAUGGAUUGAAUAAGGCAGUUGAUGAUGUUUGAUAACAUCGGAGUGAAGAAGACAGCUGAUGAUGUUUGGAGUGAAGAAGGCAGUUGAUGAUGUUUGAUAACAUCGGAGCGAAGAAGACAGUUGAUGAAGUUUGAUUCACUCUUGUUUGUGUGAAAAAAUUUGUACCCUUUCGUUUCUUUUAUUUUCAGCAUGUUUGCAUUGUGAAUGGCACUAUUGUUUGCUUUUAUUGCCGAAUUCAGUAUUGAGUUGGAUUAUAUUUGUUACACAUUGACUGAACAAGAUAUUGUUCAAUGGUUGUUAAGGAUUCAUUUCUUUAGUCA